CAAAAGAAAAUUGAAAGAUCAGAGAAACAAUUUAGAAUUAUGAGCUUGGAAGGGACACUUCGCAGAACCUUCGUGCUGUUUAGUUUACUUCGUUGUCUUCAACUCAACUAUUUGCUUGUUGCCGGCAUUCAACGCCAUCUCUCCACUAUUGACUCUCCAUCUUCUUCUUCAUUCUAUCAAUAUUUGAUCGGAGCAACCAAAGUAGCCCAUUUGAUUAUCUCCACUUUCAGAGUGGUAGGCUCCAGUAACAGACACACCCACCUUUUAUUUUCUUCUAAUCUCUCAAAAAGGCCAAGACUUUGAAGAAAGUUGAUCAAAUCCAAUCCAUUUUUGCUUCUGGGUCUGAGGGUCCUCAUAAAAUUACUGCUUUUGGCUGAGUUGUUGCCUUUGAGUUGAUCUUCUGCAGAUAAAUGCCCAAGAUGGGAGCCAUAGGUGUAAAGGUAGACCUUGAAUCGGAUGAGGAGAUCCCAUUUAGCUCAUCAGCGGCUACGAAUAAAGUAGAGGCCUUGGAUUUUGAGAUGGUUCAUUUGCCUUCGCGGCCAGUUAUGCCAAACUCAUGGAUUGCAAGACAUAUAGGGAUGAGAGCUGUGAGGAGUAUUUAUAUUGUCUUAUUAAAAGCAAAGAUCAACAUGUUGCUACCAUUCGGUCCACUGGCAAUUCUGCUACAUUACGUUACUGGAAAGCAUGGAUGGGUCUUUUUCUUCAGCUUAUUGGGCAUCAUACCUUUGGCAGAGCGUCUAGGAUAUGCGACUGAGCAACUCGCUUUCUACACAGGGCCAACAGUUGGGGGACUUUUAAAUGCCACAUUUGGAAAUGCAACAGAAAUGAUCAUAUCGAUUUAUGCAUUGAAGAAUGGAAUGAUUAGGGUUGUUCAACAAUCGUUGUUGGGGUCAAUCUUGUCAAACAUGCUCUUAGUUCUGGGUUGUGCCUUCUUCUCUGGUGGGAUCGUUCAUUACAAUAAAGUUCAGGUGUUCAACAAGUCGGCUGCCGUCGUGAAUUCUGGAUUGUUGUUGAUGGCUGUAAUGGGGAUAAUGUUUCCAGCUGUGCUUCAUUUUACACACACAGAGGUGCAUUUUGGGAAGUCAGAGUUGGCUCUUUCAAGAUUUAGUAGCUGUAUAAUGCUAGUGGCAUAUGCAAGCUACCUUUUCUUUCAACUUAGAAGUCAUCGUAGUCUUUAUAACCCCAUUAAUGAGGAAGGAGACAAUGAUGAAGAUUGUGAUGAGGAUGAGAUUCCUGAGAUAACUCACUGGGAAGCAAUUGGCUGGCUUUCUGUUUUAACUGUGUGGGUGUCCAUUUUGUCCGGAUACCUUGUCGAUGCCAUCCAGGGAGCAUCAGACUCUUUCAACAUUCCUGUGGCAUUUAUCAGUGUCAUUUUGCUCCCUAUUGUAGGAAAUGCUGCAGAGCAUGCAAGUGCUAUCAUGUUUGCCAUGAAGGAUAAGCUUGACAUUACACUUGGAGUUGCGAUUGGAUCAUCGACACAAAUAUCCAUGUUUGUGAUUCCCUUCUGUGUGGUUGUUGGUUGGAUCAUGGGAGAGCGAAUGGACUUGAAUUUUCAACUCUUUGAGACUGCUACACUCUUUAUCACCGUGCUUGUAGUGGCAUUUAUGUUGCAGGAAGGGACGUCAAACUACUUCAAAGGAUUGAUGCUUAUCCUGUGUUAUCUCAUAGUUGCAGCCAGUUUUUUUGUACAUGUAGAUCCUUCAAAUGAUGCUAACUAAACUAACAGUUGGAGUGGCCGCCGUGUAUUUGAAAAUCAAUGCAGUAUCUGCACGCAAAGGUGUGGUAGAAGUUAUAUAAUUAUAUUUGUGAAACUACUCUUCCACGAUUUCUCAAGCCUAUGAUGUUGGUUAGUUGCUUUAUUUUUUUGAUCAUGUAAUAGAAAAUCCAUAUGAUCUCCCAGUACCAAAAAGCUGGGAGAUUUCAUCUUUUGUAUCAUCGAGUUUGAUCCUCUUCACCUGUAAGCUUUCAUUCUCAAUUUUCACUUUUGCAAUGGUUUUCAACAAUGCCGCCUCCGGCUGUGAAUCAAAAUUUUGUUUUCUUGAUUUUAA